AUGGAGAAACUCUACGUGCCGGGAGUCUACGUGUCGGGAGUCUACGUGUCGGGAGUCUACGUGUCUGGAGUCUACGUGUUUGUAGUCUACGUGUCUGUAGUCUACGUGCCGGGAGUCUACGUGUCUGUAGUCUACGUGUCUGUAGUCUUCGUGUCUGUAGUCUACGUGUCUGUAGUCUACGUGACGGAAGUCUACGUGUCUGUAGUCUACGUGCCUGUAGUCUACGUGUCUGUAGUCUACGUGUCUGUAGUCUACGUGCCUGUAGUCUACGUGUCUGUAGUCUACGUGUCUGUAGUCUACGUGUCUGUAGUCUACGUGUCUGUAGUCUACGUGUCUGUAGUCUACGUGCCUGUAGUCUACGUGUCUGUAGUCUACGUGUCUGUAGUCUACGUGCCGGGAGUCUACGUGUUGGGAGUCUACGUGUCUGGGGUCUACGUGUUUGUGGUCUACGUGUCUGUAGUCUACGUGCCGGGAGUCUACGUGUCGGGAGUUUACGUGUCUGUAGUCUACGUGUCUGUAGUGUAUGUCUCUGUAGUCUACGUGUCAGGAGUGAAGGCAGCGUUGCUGUGUCCUGAGUGUCUGUGA